UUUUUCUAUCUUCUCUCUCAUCUCCAAACCUAAUCGUCGGCCACUUGGAGGAGGAGGAGGAGAAAAAGAAGAAUUCCCUAGUUAACUGAGUCACUCGAGCUUCGAGCCUUGGGAUUGAACUCCUUCAACAGGUAAAGGAGGUUGAGUAACAAUGGAGGUCGUGGAGCAGCAAAAGAGAUCGUGAAGAUUGUUAAAAUGUCCGGCAUCGAAACCAGAAGCCCUAGAAUAUCAUUUGAAUCCAUGGUGAUAAAGCCUCCUUCUCACCCGACAUAUGAUUUGAGGGCCGUCAUAAAGCUUGCCCUUGCCGAAGAUGUUGGGGAUCAAGGUGAUGUCACUUGUAUGGCCACCAUUCCAGAUGACAUGGAAGUGGAAGCCCAUUUCUUGGCAAAGGAGGAUGGGAUCGUUGCUGGAAUUGCGCUUGCAGAGAUGGUAUUUAACGAAGUUGAUCCUUCACUGAAGGUGGAGUGGUCCCAAAAGGAUGGAGAUUAUGUUCACAAAGGACUCAAGUUUGGCAAAGUACAUGGUCGAGCACACAACAUUGUUAGAGCAGAGAGGGUUGUGCUAAAUUUUAUGCAACGGAUGAGUGGAAUAGCAACUCUAACUAAGGCCAUGGCAGAUGCUGCGCACCCCGCACUCAUUUUGGAGACCAGGAAAACUGCUCCAGGUUUACGUUUGGUGGAUAAGUGGGCGGUAUUAAUUGGUGGAGGGAGGAAUCACAGAAUGGGUUUAUUUGAUAUGGUUCUUAUAAAAGACAAUCAUAUAUCAAUUGCUGGAGGCGUCACAAAUGCCCUCAAAUCUGUGGACUCAUAUUUAGAGAAAAGGAAUCUCCGAAUGGAGGUUGAGAUUGAAACCAGGACACUGGAGGAAAUAAAGGAUGUAUUAGAAUAUGUUUCUAAAACAAAAACUUCUUUGACUCGGAUAAUGUUGGAUAAUAUGGUUGUCCCACUACUUAAUGGUGAUGUUGAUGUGUCUAUGCUUAAAGAAGCUGUGGAACUGAUCAAUGGGAAAUUUGAGACUGAGGCAUCGGGCAAUGUCACUCUUGAGACAGUACACAAAAUUGGACAAACUGGAGUGACUUACAUAUCUAGUGGCGCACUGACACAUUCUGUGAAAGCACUUGACAUCUCCCUCAAAAUCGACACGGAGCUUGCGCUUGAAGUUGGAAGGCGGACCAAAAGAGCAUAAAUAUCCUUUAUCUAUGUCUUUUCUUUGCACAAUAAUCAGAAGUAGGAGACCAUUUUGCCUUUUGUCCAACAAAUUAAGAGAAAUGCAAAGCACUGUCCUCUGAAUAUUAUCUCAAUACUUGUUUUUUAAUCAUGGAUGCUCAUUCAUUAAUUGAGUUAAUCCUUUAAAAGUAAUCAUAGAAUGAAGAGGUGAAUUUCAAGCCACAUGAUUCCUGUGGCAUCUCGUCUAAAGGCAUAGGCAUCCUUUGUACUUGGCCUUCAUUUUGAGGUGAACUUUUGAAUAAAUCAUCUGUUUCACUUUCUGUAUUCUGGAGAA